AUGUGGACUGGUUCGCCGAGCCAGACAAGUCUCCCCGGUGAAUCAGAGUUUGUCGUCUCCCGCCCGACCCAUCAAACGGGAGGGAGGAGCUUGACUGGAGUUCCAUCUCUCGCCCCAUCAAUCAAAUACCCCGAGGAGAAUGAGGUGGGUUUUGAGUCGACUCGAAAGUCACCGAGGAGAAUUAGCUCUCUCCCCGGCAUCUACCCCCGUUCUCCCCAUUCCCGUCCCUGUUUCCCCUUCCCUGCAGUGCUUCCCUCCAUCCUAUCCCCCGUAUCCCCUGCCCUGCUUCCCCCCAUCCCCUGCCCUGCUUUCCCCCGUCCCCUUCCCUGCUUCCCCCCAUCCCCUCCUCUGCUUCCCCCCGUCCCUUCACUGCUUCCCCCCAUCCCCUUCCCUGCUUCCCCCCAUCCCCUUCCCUGCUUCCCCCCAUCCCCUUCCCUGCUUCCCCCCAUCCCCUUCCCUGCUUCCCCCCAUCCCCUUCCCUGCUUCCCCCCAUCCCCUUCCCUGCUUCCCCCCAUCCCCUUCCCUGCUUCCCCCCAUCCCCUUCCCUGCUUCCCCCCAUCCCCUUCCCUGCUUCCCCCCAUCCCCUUCCCUGCUUCCCCCCAUCCCCUUCCCUGCUUCCCCCCAUCCCCUUCCCUGCUUCCCCAUGUCCCCUUCCCUUCUUCCCCCCAUCCCCUUCUCUGCUUCCCCCCAUCCCCUGCCCUGCUUCCCCCCCCUUCCCCCUUCCCUGCUUCUCCCCAUCCCCUUCCCUGCUUCCCCCCAUCCCCUUCCCUGCUUCCCCCCAUCCCCUUCCCUGCUUCCCCCCAUCCCCUUCCCUGCUUCCCCCCAUCCCCUUCCCUGCUUCCCCCCAUCCCCUUCCCUGCUUCCCCCCAUCCCCUUCCCUGCUUCCCCCCAUCCCCUUCCCUGCUUCCCCCCAUCCCCUUCCCUGCUUCCCCCCAUCCCCUUCCCUGCUUCCCCCCAUCCCCUUCCCUGCUUCCCCCCCUGCUUCCACUCAUUUUCCCCCUGCUUCCACUCAUUCUCCCCUUGCUUCCACUCAUUUCCCCCCUGCUUCCCCCCAUUUCCCCCUUUGAUUCCCCUCAUUUCCGCCUCCGCUUCCUCUCAUUACCCCCUUUGUUUCCCCUCAUUCCCCCCUUUGCUUCCUCUUAUUUUCCUCCGUUGCUUCCCCUUAUUUCCCUCCCUCCUUCUCCUCAUUUUUCCUCCUUCCUCCCCUCAGUUCCCUCCCUGCUUCUCCUUUUUUCCCUGUCUGCUUCCCCUCAUUUCCCUCCCUGCUUCACAUCUUUUCCCUCCCUGCUUUCCCUGUUUGUACCUGCUUCCCCUCAUUUCCCCCCUGCUUCCCCUCAUUUCCCCCCUGCUUCCCCUCAUUUCCCCCCUGCUUCCCCUCAUUUCCCCCCUGCUUCCACGCAUCUUCUUCCCUGCUUUCCCCCAUCCCCUUCCCUGCUUCCCCCCAUCCCCUUCCCUGCUUCCCCCCGUCCCCCCACCCGCAGUCACCUGACUGACGCUGCUAUGAGUCGUUGCCUUGUGCUCGUGUUACCUCAUAUGACCUGCACAGUUCCUAUCGCCCUCUCAUGCUCCGUCCCUCCAUUCAUCCAUGGCAUGUCAUCCCUGUGA